AUGCCGCUUUAUAAAACUGCAUCAAAGUUGGAUGAAGCACACACACUUAUUAAAGACCAUGAACUUGAGUAUACUGUUCGAUUUAGUACAUCCUUUUCUACCAAAGACUUUGGAAAUACUGAUUUAAAGAAAAAACCCCACAAAAUUUAUUGGUCUACUGAUUCCAUUGAGUUUUCUGGUAUACCAUUCAUGAUGAUUGGCACAAAAAUUUUUGAUUGCCAUCAUGGAUAUGAUAGAAACUUAAGUAGGAAAGAAUACAACAAACAAAACAGAAAAGCAUUAAACAUUGAUCAUGAUUGCAGAAGAAAAUAUGCUAGAAUACAGAAUUGUAAGAAAUUUGAUUGCCCAGCUCAACUUAUCAUAACAGAAUACUUAGAAUUUCCAGAAUAUAAACUUAUAUUGGAUACUGUCAGAAAUAGAAGAGCAAAAUCAAAAGAGCUACGAUAUGCGAUAAUGUUAUAA